AAAAAAAAAAAAGAGCGAGAAAGAAAGAAACCUAGAUCUCUAAAAUAAAAUAAAAACCAAACAGGUUCCUAUCAGUGAAGUGGAAAGGAGGGGGGCAGGGGAGGCUUGAGGGGGGUGUUGGGGAAAGCAGCUCAGAGGCAGAGGCAGAGAAACACGACUCAGGAGCGUCUCAGGGCUCUCGGAUCUGGGGACAGAAGUGAGAUUGGAGAAAGUAGAGCGAUGCCAAGGAGGAAACAGCAAGCACCCAAACGGGCUGCAGGUUAUGUCCAAGAGGAAGAUUUAAAGGAAGAGGAAGAUAUAAAGGAGGAAGAAGAAGAUGAUGAUGACAACAACUCAACUGCCCAACUCCAGGGCAGCAAUGACACUGGCACGGAUGAGGAACAUGACUUGGGUCCUGAGCAGAAAGGGAACUUUAGUUAUCAGAAUUCCCCUGUCAGUCAUAUAUCUAACCAGGAUGCAGAAAAUGAAUCACUACUAAGUGACGGUAGUGACCAUGUGGCAGAUAUUAAAAGUAUUUGCUCUAGAGAGCCACAGGACCCAAAAACCAGCGCCCAUCCCAAAGCCCAGAAUGAAGCACAUGAUUGCAUGGAUAAAAUGACAGCGGUCUAUGCCAACAUACUGUCAGACUCUUACUGGACAGGCUUAGGGCUGGGUUUCAAGUUGUCUAACUCUGAAAAGAGGAGUUGUGACAACAGAAAUGGAGGGAACAAAGCUGAUUUUGAUUGGCAUCAAGACGCACUGUCAAAAAGCUUACAGCAGAAUUUACCUUCCAGACCUGUCUCAAAACCCAACCUGUUCAGCUCGGUCCAGCUCUACAGGCAGAGCAGCAAAAUGUGUGGAACUGUGUUCACGGGCGCCAGCCGGUUCCGGUGCCGGCAGUGCAGCGCUGCCUAUGACACACUGGUAGAACUAACGGUUCACAUGAACGAGACAGGUCACUACCAAGAUGACAACCAUAAAAAGGACAAGCACAGACCUACCAGCUACUCAAAGCCCCGAAAAAGAGCUUUCCAGGACAUGGACAAGGAAGAUGCACAAAAAGUUCUGAAAUGUAUGUUCUGUGGUGACUCUUUUGAUUCCCUUCAAGAUCUGAGUGUUCAUAUGAUAAAAACAAAACAUUACCAAAAAGUGCCUUUGAAGGAGCCGGUACCAACCAUUUCUUCAAAAAUGGUCACUCCAGCAAAGAAACGUGUGUUUGAUGUUAACAGGCCUUGUUCCCCCGAUUCCACAACGGGGUCUUUCUCAGAUACUUUCUCUCCUCAGAAGAACGCAAACCUGCAGUUAUCAUCCAACAACCGCUACGGCUACCAGAAUGGUGCCAGCUAUACGUGGCAGUUUGAGGCCUGCAAAUCCCAGAUUUUGAAGUGUAUGGAAUGUGGAAGUUCCCAUGAUACCUUGCAGCAGCUCACAACCCACAUGAUGGUCACUGGCCAUUUCUUGAAAGUCACAAGUUCAGCUUCAAAGAAGGGAAAGCAACUUGUUCUGGAUCCUUUAGCUGUGGAAAAAAUGCAAUCACUGUCUGAAGCACCAGCCAGUGACAGCCCAGUUUCGAAGUCAACCAGUAAAUCAUCUGCAGAAUGCAUAGUUCCCACCUCUGAACUAAAAAAAGAAAGUAAAAAAGAUAAAACUGAAGAUGUGAACAAAGAUGAGAAAGCAGUAAAAACUGAAGAGUAUGAAGACUCUCUUCAGAAACCACUGGAUCCCACAAUGAAAUAUCAGUAUCUCAGAGAAGAAGAUUUAGAAGAUGGUUCAAAGGGUGGUGGGGACAUUUUAAAGUCCUUGGAGAACACUGUCACAACAGCCAUUAAUAAAGCUCAAAAUGGAGCACCCAGCUGGAGUGCCUACCCCAGCAUCCACGCAGCUUAUCAGCUCUCUGAAGGAGCUAAGCCAUCUUUGCCUGUGGGUUCCCAAGUACUGCAAAUCAGGCCAACAAUCACCAAUAAAUUGAGGCCCAUAGCUCCGAAGUGGAAGGUCAUGCCUCUGGUCCCUAUCUCGGCAAAUGUGGCCCAGUGCACUCAAGUGAAGAAGGAAACUGAUGACAAGGAGGAGGUACAAAAGGACUAUGCUAAAGAGAGCAUCCAAGCUGAGCCUGCCUCUCUCAACCAGAAUGAGAGAGAACCACUCCUCAAAUCUGAAGCCUCUGUGGAGCCAAAAAAGACAGAACCAUGUCCCUUGAAAGAAGAAGACAAAAUUAAAGAGGACAGUGGGAAAGAAAAAACAGUCCUCAAGGAAGCAACAGCAGCUUCUCUCAGUAAUGGUUGUGCUGCUGCCAACCAUUCGUCUGAACUGCCUUGUGUCAACCCUCUCAGUGCGCUGCAGUCAGUACUCAAUAAUCACUUGGGCAAAGCCACUGAGCCUUUACAGCCUCAAUCCAACUCCAGCCCCAGCUCUAGCACAAUUUCUAUGUUCCACAAACCUAAUCUAAAUAUGAUGGAGAAGCCAGUUUUAUCUCCUACUCCAACCCCACCAAAGCCUGCAAGUGUAUCCAGGCACUAUUUAUUCGAAAACAAUGAUCAGCCUAUUGACCUGACCAAAUCCAAAGGCAAGAAAGCUGAGUCAGCUCAAGCACAAUCUUGUACUUCUCCACCUCAAAAACAUGCUCUGUCUGACAUUGCUGACAUGGUCAAAGUUCUUCCCAAAGCUACUACACCAAAACCUGCUGCAUCUUCAAGGAUCCCAUCUAUGAAGUUGGAAAUAGAUGUCCGACGCUUUGAGGAUGUCUCAACAGAAGUCUCCACUCUGCAUAAAAGGAAGGGCAGGCAGUCAAACUGGAACCCUCAACAUCUUCUCAUUUUGCAAGCUCAGUUUGCUUCCAGCCUCUUCCAGACAUCUGAAGGUAAAUAUUUAUUAUCAGAUCUAGGCCCACAAGAGCGCAUGCAGAUUUCAAAAUUUACUGGACUGUCAAUGACCACCAUCAGCCAUUGGUUGGCAAAUGUCAAGUAUCAACUUAGGAAAACCGGAGGAACAAAGUUUUUGAAAAACAUGGACAAAGGACAUCCAGUCUUUUAUUGCAGCGACUGUGCAUCUCAGUUUCGAACCCCAUCUACUUACAUUAGCCACUUAGAAUCUCAUCUAGGUUUCCAAAUGAAAGACAUGAACAGGCUGGCUGUGGAGCAGCAAACCAAGGUAGAACAAGAAAUCUCCAGAGUUUCAGUUCAAAGAUCUCCUGAAACAAUAGCUGGAGAAGAGGACACAGACUCUAAGUUCAAAUGUAAGUUGUGCUGUCGGACAUUUGCGAGCAAACAUGCAGUAAAACUUCAUCUAAGCAAAACACACAGCAAGUCACCAGAACACCAUUCACAAUUUGUAGCAGAAGUGGAUGAAGAAUAACUCUUAAGGACGAAUGCCUUAGUUCCAGCUCUCCAGCCCAGACUUCCUGCGCCCAGCCCGCCCCUGCGUGUCACUCCGAUCCUGACAUUGAACUCACAACAACCCGGACCGAGAAGACUGCCAAAAAACUCCCGCUAUUCUUCUUCAUCCUCACUAACAAUUUGGUAAUGAAGUAUUGAUUUCCACUCCCCUGCUUAUGGACGAUAUUAGAUUUUCAUUGAUAAACUGCACUGGGGCUGUCUGGUCUCCACUGUCCCUUUUUGCUGUCACUAAAACAAAGUGCCACUGAAGUAAGAUAAUGACUGAGAACAUUGAUGUACUUAUUUCGUCAAUUUGUAACACUUGACAGGAAAAAAAAAUUCUUCAUAGUUUAAUGUCCAAGUGUGAUACACAAGAUGCAGUCACAUUGGAAGCUUUACUUUUCAUGGUAAUGUCCAUUUCCUAUUUAUAACCCCUUUGGGAUAGUUUGUCUAAAGGAAAUGUUUCUAUUCUGUGCAGCUAUUACUGUUGCACCUGGGUUGCCCAAUCCAGUCAUUGCACUAGGGAUCAAUACAUCACAGUAAGUACAAGAAUUAUUAAGUUAAAACAGAUUCUGAGCCAAAAAACCUCUGAACAAUGUUAAUCUUCUGUGCAAGUUGUUCAAAUAGUUAUGCUUAACCAUGUUGCUGCCAAAGAUUUGUUUAAAAUGGAUUAUUUUCAGUUUGUUUUAUUCCUUAGAUAUAUAUAUAUAUUUAAAGCUCCAUUACGGUUUAUGGCGAGACAUAUGCGAUGGAGUGAUUUUUAAACGAAAGUACUAUUGUUAGAUUAUUGAACAUUAUAUAAAUAUAGGUAUAUCUAUAUAUAAAUAUCACUAUAUAAAUAUCUAUAUAUAGAUAUAAAAGAAUAAAAGUAGAAUUCCUUUAUCAGUUGGGUGAGUGUAAAUCUAAAGCUCUCUGUUGUAGUCAAUGGAGUUACACUGGAUUUAUGCCACCGUAAAUGAGAUCAGAAUCUGGUUUUCGCGCUCUCUGGCCAGCCUGGCUCGUCCUGCCGGCAUGGACAAGCUGGCAAGCACAGCUGUCUUCAAGUCAACCGAGACCUGGGGAGAAGGGGGCUACAAAGAGGGCAAUUUCAAAUUUGUGCUUGUAACUUUUUUCAUUAAAACUUUGAGGUCCCAAUUUUAAUUUGUGGAAUAUUCACGUUAAUAAUGAGAUCUAAUUAAGACAUCCAUUAAAAGCCCGUUAAAGUUAAUUUAACGUAAAAAUUCCAAUAGAACUGUAUUAGAUUUUCUCCAUUAAAUUAACGUUAUGGAUUUUUAACGGAUGUCUUAAUUAUACAUUAUUAUUAACGGGAAUACUGUAUUACACAGAUUAAAAUCGGGUCCCGAGUCAACUCACAAAAUCUUCCAGGAUAUGCUAAUGUCACAAGUCUCACGUUACCUAGUGCACUGCUUGGAAAAUCAGGCACAGUCCUGUUUACUCUCGCUGAGCAUUUCCUCACAGCAAAACCAACCUCCAGUAGACAAAUCCAUCUCUGCAUUUAAUGAUGAACUUCCCUGAUUCUCAAAGGAAAAAUAAGUCUGGAUCAAGUUGUAAAUUGCUACUCCAUUGCAAAUGAAAUAUUCAGAAUAUACUAGGCACAAGUUGAGAAGAGGAUCUUUCUUAAAUAAGAGAGGGCUUUGGGGUGUCUUUUAUUAUUAUUUUGGUUUAGACAUUCCAGGACAUAACUGAAGUGCAGCAUUCACAAAAUCAGACUAAAUAUGUUUACUGCAUUCCCUGUGGCUUGUGCAGAAGGGCCUGUUUUGGCACUGUUUGGGAAAUUUUAACAUGAUCCCUAAACUCAACAUGGAGGAGAAAAAAAGGCCCUUCUUAUUUACCUCCUAGGGAAAGUGUUGCCCUUAUGCCACAUAUAAUAGCAAAUUGCUUUUUUUAUGGCAUGCAUAACCUAGAUGGGAAAAAAUAUGGCGCUUGAGGGAAGGAGGGAAAAAGUAAAUGAAGUUCCAGGAAUGUCAUUCUGAAGUAAUGAGGCAUGGACAGAAAAUAUACCCCUCACAUCAUCGGAUUGAGAUGGCAGUCGAAAUAGCUUCAUUGAAGUGUCAGCACUCAUCCAUCAAUCAAUCAUCCACAAGGAAAAAUAGCGACAGUACAACGGGGCGGCUUUUAUGGGAUUUACUCAUGGGCAUAGGGAAUAGCAGCUCAAAUGUAGUUCUGACAUGAAAAGCAAGGUGCUGAUAUUAUUUUUUAUGAUGGGAGGAUCAUAAAGUGAAUUGAGAACAGUGAGGUCUGUCUUUGCUUAACCUAUUCAACUGGAAAUGAACGGAGCUCAACUGGAAACGAGCAGAGCCUUCAGAUGGGUUAAGAUUGAAGCCUGCACCGUGCUGAGCACCGGCCAUUGACAACAAAAUUCUAUUAAAGCAAAAUCAAUGCAUUAGCAUCGAGCUCCUCAGAAGCUGUUAAAUUGUGCAGCCCGUUCAGAGUUAUUAAGUGAAGUUGCACGAGGUGGGUGCUGCGGCACAGACCCAAAGGCAGCGAGUGCCACGGCAAAAUGCCACCUGGGAGAAACGGCAUGUGUGUCUCCAGUCCCGUUCAUUUCCUCAAGCUUUUGGAUGCUCUAGAAAAAAGUAUUUGGCUUAUUGCAGCAUCCAACAGGUGAAGUUCCCACCGACUUCAGACAACCCCGAUUCUGCACCCACUGUCACGUUUUGCCGUCUGCUUUGGUGGAACCCUCCGUGCAGUGUGUUUGGCUGCUUGCGGCAGUGCCUGAGCAGUGCAGACGCUGUCACGGCUGCUGCCAUGAGCAAGGAUCCUCUUCCCACGGGAGGGUGGCCCUACGGCCCCGGUCAGCCCGCAGCAUCCAGGGCUGGGGCUCCGCAGGGCACCACCUGCUCAGUUUUGGCAGAGAAGAGGCUUUCCUGGUGACCUGUAGCCGGUGAGCAGCGAGAUCGUGGUGAUGAUAGUAAACACAGUCGUACCAUCGGCUGCCCUGGCCCCAGCUGCACUGGCACCUGCGACCCCAGAGCUGAAAACCUCCCUCAAGGUUUUGGGGAGGGCCGGUCUCCCCGAGGGAGGUCUCCAGCCCAGCGGCGUUUUUUGCUCAGGAGGUUUCACUCCGGCACAGGCAAAUGCAGGAACAGCUACUUCAUUUAAAAUCUGGCCACAAACCUUUAUUACACAGUGCUAAACCUUGAUUAUUUUGCCUGCAUUGCUGUCCUCUGGGAACAUUUUAGGUACACAUUUGAAUUAAGUGGUUUGGGUUUUUUUUUUUACAAUAUGAUAUAAAAAAAGCAAAUGUACCUCUCUCCUCUCUCUUUCUCUGUACAAAACUGGAUGAGUUGAUAGUUUAUCUGUCAUAUAAAUCAGGUAACACAGAAAAUCAUUGCAUCUUUUCUCUGUCGCAUCUACUCAAUAUCUAUCGUUCUGACUUUUAUUCUUAUUGGAGAUCAUCAAAACAUUAAUUAAAAGCCUGGUGAUCAAACAGCCGAAUAUUUAUGAUUCACGUCCUUGCUUAUUAACAAGUGGCAUAUUGAUACACCACAUAGCCAAGCUGUUUAUGCUCUUGUACUGCAAUAAAGCAGUAAGAAUUGUUACCCUUACACACUGCUUUGAGAGAUUUAUUUAGAAACCAUAGCUCCUUUCCUGCCACCAUCCAUGUCAAAAUAAGCCAUAUCACCUUAAAAAAAAUGUUCUGUUUUAAAAGAGGGAGAUGUAAUUAGCAUCUAUUUGGAGCCUAAUAUAUAAAAAUUUCAGUAGAUCAGUCUCAGGUGUUUUUUCCAGGCUGUUAUUACUUAAGCUGAGAGGGAAAAGGACACUUAACUUUAAAAAUGGCUGUCAUUAGUACAAUAAUAAUUGUUGGUUUUAAAAAAAUCUUUGAGAAUCUGCUAACAAACCUGCCCAGUAAUUACUUGUCAAUGCAACUUAUCAUGGGUUUUAUUACCUACUUGUAAAAGUAUUUACAAGACUGACCUCCCUAGCUUUUUUAGAGAUCAUGGAGGAUAUAAGAAGUCAUUUUAAAAAUCAAUAAUUAUAUAUUAACACAAUAGGGGUUGAAGCCUUCCAAGCCAAUUUUACUGGCUGUUGAGACAACUCUCACAUAUUCAGAUGGUAAGGAUUGUUUCCCUAAUUUUUGGUCUUUUUACUUUCCUUAAUCAUGUUUUGAUGAAGUGCCAUAUUUAUUGACUAAAUUAUACUCAGUUCAGUUUCUAACAUAGAAGAGGGUAUUCCCACGGGGCAGUGUCCGUGCAGGCUUUGCACAGAAAGCCGGCUGACCUUGGUGUUCGGGAAAAUACAGAAGUAACAGAGUUUGGGCCUGGGGCAGCCUGUGGGUGAGAGCUGCCUAGGGGACAUUUGCUUUCUACAGCAUUGCCCCUGCUAAUUGCUAAUGUCCUGAUCCUGCCGUGAAGGAGCUGCUCUGGCUCCAGCACAGCAGUUCAGGUCAGCCCUCGCUUUGAUCUUGCUGGGAAUGUUAUUUUGCAAUCCAACCUGUUGAGAAAACACAAGGGAAUGAAAGAUGGCAACCCAAUUUUUGGCAGAGACUUCCUCCCAGUGAAGAAAUGACUCUUCUUGGCACCCGGGGCCAGGCUGGGCUGAGGCCACCAUCCCCAUCCCCUCUUCGCUUGCCUCGUAACUCUCAGGCUGGAGAAAGUGCCUCAGCUAAGUGGAGGUGGAUCUCCGUCACACAGGACUUUUGUCUUCACAAACAGAUAUACGAUGCAAUUUAUAUUUAAAAUUCUCUCUAUAAAGACAGUAUUGAUCACAGAUUCCAGAUCAAUAUGUUGCAAUUACAGCAGGCUUUAAAGGCCAUCUGUCCCCAAGCAAGAGCCCUGAUAUAACCACCUCUAUAUAUUCUGAAAAACUGCUACUGGUACGUCCCCAUCUUCUUACAGUGCAACCUGACAUAUUAUUUUUACUCCCAAGAAGCUUUGUUUAGGAGCUACAUAGAGUUGUAAUUCCUGUUUACUGGCCACCCAAGAGCUCAGAGCAGCUUCUCCUUGGGUUUCAAAGUCACAACAGGGUUAACAACACUGUGGUCUUGCUGGCCUGGUUUUCCUGCUCCCCCCCCCGUCACAACUUAUCCCACAGAUUGCAACUUUCCUUUUUGCCAAACCUCUGUCCUUGGUUGAAAACAAUCAGCAAGAGGUUACUGAAUUUCAUUAAAACUAAGAACUUUUCAGUAAUGGUGCUGAAGAGUUUGAUCUGGACAUUGGUAGGUGUAAACUGAGCCUUUUUUAUACGUGACAGAUUGGGCCACAGCAAAUGUACCGUUUUGAGACUUGUAACUAAAGAGUAAAUGACAUGCCUCUAAAGGCAGAUUUCAAUUCACAUUUCAUCAAACUGAGGUCCUGACUUGUCAGCACCUGAAGUUGAGAUAAGUCUUUCUGUUGAUGGCCCUGGAUGAGGCACUAGGUAGUGAUUCCAGAGAGAAACGUUUCUUGGAUUUUCUUUUUUUCUUCUUUUCUUAAUUAUUUCCUGCAUUGGUUGACUUCACGCAUGCAUGCAGAAUUCAGGAUUUUUGUUCUCCAAUCAUCUCCUGAAGGAAAGUGAAAGAAGGCAAAAAGUAAAAAGAGUGAGUAUACAGUGAUAACAGAAGCCCACAUACCUUUGCAAAUGAACACAUGCCAAGCGUAAAAGCCCGGGGAGAGGGUGUGCGUCCCCCGCGCUGCGCCGCAUCCCGCCAGCACAUUCCCGAUCGUCCCUGCAACUGCCUCCCUCUGGUUUCAUUUCAGUCUUCAGCUUUAUUUAUACCAACUUCUAAAAAACAGAAGCCAGAUUCUGAAUUAAUUUAUUCUGGUGUAAAUCCAGAGCUACUCCUUUGAAUUCAGUGUAUUUACCCUCUGUCUACACAGCUUCAAACACUGUCCUCAUGGUCCUAACCUUGGAUUCCUAACAUGUUUAGAUGGUUUUGAAAACAACUUCAGCAGACAGUCUCUAGCUUCGUGCAGAUUAAAUCUAAGGCACAGUCUGCACUUCAGAAGUUUUAUAGUUAUGUCAGGGAAGUGAUUGCAAAACUUUGUUAUUGAUGUGACUAUGCUGGUAAAAGUCCUAAUGUAAAAACAGUUGUAUCGCUAUAAAGCACUUUAUAAUGGUACAGCUUAUUUUGCUUUGCUGGACCACUUUUAUACCAGUGCAAGCACUUUUACCCCAGUACACUUCAGUCUACACUAGUGGUCAUUUUUUUUUAACUAUGCCAGCAAAAAUGUGAAGAGUAGAUAAAGUUUAAGAUGACACUGUUGUUUCUUGUACCAAAGUGUCUGUACAAUAUUUUCUUUGAGAGUAUUUUUAAAAGUGAAAUAGCUGUACCACUGGACUUAACUACAGAGUAAUAAACUUCCAGUUCAUCAUCACUCUCAGCUCAUGAAAUGUCUUCAGGCCUUUGUAAGAAGCCCUGUUUGAGACAACAGAUUAAAUACUAAUCCUGGCAGAUCGUACAUCUCCGCUUGAGUUCAUACCAUCUAGCUGAGCAAACUUUUUUUUUUUUUCUUUUUUUGAUCUAAGUAAAGGCAACAAAUUCUUUCAUUAGAUCUCUUAGAUGAGCUAGCAGGAAAGAAAGAUCAAUAUUUUUAAAAGAAAAUGAAAAUAACAUCUUGCAAAAAUACAGCUACAUUAAAUGCAAGGAAUGCUUUCCCUUGAAAACCACAUCCCCACAUGGGCAUCAGCCCCAGGUGAGGAUGUAUUCACAGUACUUUAACAUCCAUGCAAUUGUCUCAAAUGUGGAAGAUUUAUAUGGGCAAUGUUUUCACUUACUAACCGGUCCAUGUAACAUUAAAAACAUACAUAUCUGUAUAUAUCUGGGUAGAUAUGCAGCUAUAUACAGAUAUCUACCCCCAGUAUACAUUCAUGUAUUGGUGCAUACACUAGCACACGGUAUAUGUGUGUGUGUAUCUAUUUAUAAACAGGCAACGAGUCUGUGGUUGAAGUAACAGCUGGGCACUGUUGGCACCAAGCGAAGCAGCAGAUAUCUUCAGGACAUACAAUGCAGUAUUUUGGCUUUAUAAUGCAGCAAAUGCUGGAAUGUGCAAUACAGGUUGCAAAAGCUGACAAGCUAAACAGUCCUUAUUUGGCUCAGGGUACUUCACUGUCAUAUGUCUCUGGUACAAUAUGCCCUUUUGUCUAGUGCUCAGGCACCACUUAUUAAUCCUUUGUUGGUUUUUUUUUUUUCUGUACAUUAGUUUUGGAUUUUAUUAUCUUGAAUAUGUCAGCAUGAAUUAUGAGAGAUCCACCCCCAUUUUAAAUAAUAGAGCAUAGUUGACCAUAAUAGUAAAUUUGAUGGGUUUGCUCUGCCCACCCACAGCACUUGUGGUAUGUAGUAAGUUUGUUAUUGGCAGCAUCUUCAGGUUACAUCUGUGACCCGUGGUGUUAGGUCUAGAAUUUUGUUUAAAAAAAAGUUUAAAAAUAAAAAAAAAAAAAUAAAUCAAAAGCUCAUUUCUCUUAAAAAAAAAUGUAUAUACUACAAAUCGCAAAAUGGAAAGAUUAAACACAUUUUUUUAUAUUAACAACGUAAAUGGGACUCCUUUCCGAGAGGACUCACGGUGACUUUAUCUGUAGAAUGUUUCAGUGCUUAUGCACUAAUUUUGUAACAAGUGCAUGCUGUAUAGAAUAUAUUGCCUGUAUACUUAGAGUGGAGGGGGGGCCAAGCUGCUUUUCAUUGUGCACUGCAGCUUGUUUGGAUGAAAAGUUGCGCCUUUGAUGCAUUUUUAUACUGUACAUAUUUGUAUAUAUUAACUAUAUUGCCAUGUUAUGAACACAGAUUUUGUUAUAUUUGCUUGUUUCGGUUUCCUACAAAAAUUGGUCCAUGAUGGGGGAUUUUUUUUUUUUUGUAUAGAAAAUAUGCUUGUAAUUUUUGUUUGUUUGUUUUCUUGGUCAUCAUCUUUUAAUGGCUCAUAAAGGAAUUAGAGAUGAGUUUUUGGAGGAACUCUGAGAAGCAAGUCUGUGUUUGCAUGAGACCUGCCCAAUUGCUGGCUAUAAAGGGGGGCGGGGGGAAGAGGGGAAAUCUAAGUCAAGUUUUGCUUUUAAAGCAUGCUUAGUCCCAUGGGAAAACUCAUACAUGUACAAUUAUUCUCUUUGUAUUUUAUCUAAUAGUGCCUGAAUUUUUUUUUUAAUGUCUUCUUGGAGGAACAAUUCAUAAUUGUCAAAAUUUGAAACAUUAGCUUAAUUUUGUUUUCAUGACCUCUCAUUUCUCCUCCUUAUUUAUUUUGUUGCUGUUUAUAAUGGGCCCCAAAGCCAUUUCUGACAUUGCAGUGUUCUUCUUCCACAUUAAGGAUGUUUUUAAAAUUACUAAGAUUAUUGAGCCAACAGGCUGUUUUAAUCAAAACCAUGUUUCACUUGGUUUUGAUGAUUAUGAAUGGGCCUUGCAGUGGCAAACCCCUUUCUGCUGGGGGGACCAUACCACCUAGUGGCCCUGCAGCUCCAGCGCAGACACACAGCGUCCCGGCGUUCGCCGCCUUUCUCAAAGCCUCGCUGGCAGUUUUGCUUCAAAUUAUUUGCUUGUUAUAACUAACUUAAACUAAACAAAUUGAUAAUGUUAAUAGGAUUUUUUUUUCCCUUCGGUUGAUUGCUAAAUAAAUUCGUAUAAUUUAUACUAGAGGAGAUUACUGCUUUUAUUGUUUUGGGUUCCCCCAAACCAAUUAUUAACAAUCAGGACUAUGUAUCUCAUUAAAUUUAAAUCAGGUCAAACCUAUUUAUCUAAGGCCUUUUCUGAUUUACAGGAAGAUGACUGUAUUCCAGUGCAUUUAAGAUGUAUUUCUGUGUAUGAUUUUGCAGCAUUCAAAUCUAACGGUGAUUUUUUUUUUUUUUUUUGUUCUGUAUUUUACCAUGGUAAAUACAUUGUAAAAGAAAAAAAAAAAUCCCUCAACUUUAACAUAGAAAACGUUACUUUUUAUGCCCAGGGUUGGUUUUUUUUUUUAAUAAAAUCAUUGCAGUUUUAGAACUGUAAUUAAAGCCCUGAAUAAUAGAUCACACAUCUUUAUCUGUUGUGUUUAAAAGGAAAAAAAAUAGCCCAAACUGUUCACAUAAUCCUGAAUGCCUCAUUUCCAUAAAAAAGGUUUCUAUACAUAUAUUAUUUACAUUUUUAAACAUGGUAAUUCUUUCCUUUGUGGCAUAAAAUGUCUCUUUUCCACUGCAGCUAUUGGAAAGCGACUGCUCACAUCUGAAAUGUUAUCGUAAUUUGCAUCAGGAAACCCAACUGCAGACAUUAAGGACUUGGGUGUGUUCAAUUAUGAUUUUGCUGGAGGCUGUCCCUCAUUUUAAUGCUGCACUCAUUGAACUACCUUUCUGAAAUCUAGCUGAUAUGGUUCACCAUAGACAUGCUUCACAACAUCAUUAGCUUUGCAAAUGGCUUCAUUUCAGUCAAUGCAGACUUCAGUUUUGGCCAAUUGUAAAAUGGAAAUUUGAAAAGGAAAAAAAAAAAACAGAUGCACUUAAAACAUGAAAA